CCUGGUUUGAGGAUGUCAGCCGUAUCAAAUGAGGCAGGGGCGGCAGGCCACUUGGUUGGCCUGAGCAAGGAAGCAGCAGAGAAUUUGUACACUGGAGUCAAUAUGGCCCUUCCCCAGCCAUCCUGCAGCCCUGAGAAGUUUGGCCAGAGAACCACUUCAAACAUAAGGCGCCCCAGAGACGUGACCCUUGUCGAUGGAGACAUUGUGGUCUUCCGGAGGAGUGGCAUCUUGUAUGGGGUUGCUCAAACCACAGACGAUGUCAGAGAUAGCCAAGGCAUCUUCAACCUGGUGCCGCUGCAGGAGGGGGCGCAGAGCACUGACCCUGUAGCACAGCUGGUGGUGGUUUGCCAGGGCCCCUGGUUAGGCUUCAAAAGCCCUGCUGCCGGGGGCCGGUUCCUUCAAGCUCGGAGGAGGGGCCCAGACCACCUGUGCUUCUACAAUACCAACUGGGGCACAUGGGAACAAUGGGAGUUAGUGGGGGACGAGCCCCAAGGCGGCUGGACCACGUGGACCUUCCAAUUCCGCAGCCGGCGUCUGGAGAACUUCGUCUUCGCGGUGGAGGUUGAGCGAAUCAACCGCGGCGCAGUGUCGACAUCCAUCACUCACGGACACGUGGAACGGCUGGUGCAGUCUGUGCAGGAGAACGUCGAUGAGAAGCAAGGGAACGUGCUGCGCGCCAUGUCCAGCCUGCUCACGAGCGAGUGGAAGCACUUCAUGCAGCGGGAGAUCCAGGCGCGGCGGGCCCUGCAAGCGGAGCUGGAGACCCUGCGCCGGGAGCUGUUGGACGUCCGAGACGGCGCCGUCUUCGAGAUCGGGAAGCUCAACCAGGACGCGGAGGCGACGAUAACUCACUUGAUGGACCACAUCGCUGCCAAAGAGGAGGAGGCGCGCCGCCUCGACGAAUUGUACGCUGCCACGUUUUCCGCAAGGGCUGCGCACCAAGAGCGUUUCGCUGAGUCUCUGGGUCACAAAAAGGAGAGGUCUCGUGUCAGAAAUGUUUUCAAUGGCUGGCGGGAUACCGUUCUGCUGAAGAAGCAGUCGCGAGCUCUCGAAACACGGAUAAGCGAAGCACGGCGGAACCGUCUUACGAGCAGAGCGUUUGGGGCGUGGGAGCAGGUGUGGCGGCGGCGGGUGCAGUUGGCAGCUGCCGAGGGGAGGGUUAGGGAGAGGGUCAGAAGCUCGGUUAUGGCCCGGGUUAUGCGGGCGUGGCUGCAGUGGAGUGAGGAGCGGCGAUUGGUUAAGAAGAUGGUCAAAGAAGGGAAGCGCCGGAGGGAGGUUGGGUUGGCCAGGCGGGUGAUGUCACAGUGGCGGGCGUUGGUGGAUUUAGAGCGGGAGAGAAGUGAGGUUCUGGAGCGGCUGAUGAACACGUGGCAGGGGCGGACGGCCCGGCGAGCGUUUGCCAAGUGGCGCGACUACGUGGAGGCACGAAAAGCGAAGCGAAUGUUGGCUGGCCAGCUGAGAAGGGCGCGUCAGCUGCGAAUGGCGAGAAUGAGCUUUCAUGCGUGGCGGUGCCGAGCGAACCUGAAAGCUGAGAAGAGGCGACGGGCCGAGCAGCUAGCAAGAGCGUUCCAGAGACGGCGCUUGGGAUCCGUGCUGACGGCCUGGCGGGAAGAGGUCCGGUCAACGGUCGAGGCGGAACGGAAUGUAAUUGAGAGCCGGAAAGGACGGCUAGCAGCGGCGGCGUUCGAGGCCUGGCAAUCCGCGGUGACCGAUCGACGGCUGAGAGCGACCCUGGCGGACGGCAUGCGGGAACGGCUCGAGGCGCAGCUCAGGGCGCGCGCGUUUGACAUGUGGCUCUCGGCGGUGGAAGAUCACCGGCGGGGUGUGCGGGAAGCGGCGCGGCUGGAAGGCAUCGCUCGCGAGAGACGGGUGCGGCGCACGUUUGUUGCGUGGAGGGAGGGGACGACUGCAGCAAGGGAACGGGAGAGGGUGGUGGAUUUUCUGGGCCGGCAAGCGGAGCGAUCGGCACUGGCGGUCGUACUGGACGGGUGGAAAAUGGUUGUGCAGCGGAAGAGAGCGGCGCGCGAGCUGAAGGCGGGGUUGCGGCGGCGGUGGGCUGCCCGGUGCGGGGUGAUGGCUUUCGAGGCCUGGAGAGACUAUGCUGCGGAGGGGAGAGAUAGACGAUCAACAAUCGAGAGCGCCGCACGAUAUGCGGACCGGCGGAUGCAAGUUCGGACGGUACGUGCUUGGCGGGAGGUUGUUGCUGGUCGAAUGGAUUUGAACAAGGCGGUCGAAGCUGCUCGAAGGAUCGUGGGCAGAGGGUGUUUGCGGAGGAGUUUCGCGGCGUGGCGGGAGGAAACGGAACGGGAACGGGAGCGGACUCUAGCGGAAACUGAACAGGAGGAGCGGCAGUGGCGGCGGGCAGAGGCCUGGGCGCGGAAACGUGCUCUGUGGGACGGGUUCCGGGUGUGGCACGAUUCCGUUGCCGCGGCUCAGGAGAAGCGGUUGGAAGAGUCGCACGCGGAGAUCGAGCAGAUGUUGAGGGAGGAGAGAGCCACUGCCUGGGCAAAGCGCAGCCUUCUGGAAGCGACUUUUUUGGCCUGGAGAACAGAGGUUUCGGAGGUUUUGGAGGAGCGGAGGGCAGCGGAGGAAAAAAAACGAGAGAAGCGGGUGCGAGAAGAGGCGGAGGAAGUACGCAAGGUGGCGGUGGCGGAAAGGUGGGCGAUUAAGCGGCGGCUCGAGCGAGGGUUUAGGGUUUGGCGGGAGGAGGCGGAAGGGGCGCGCAUCGACCGCCUGGCGGCUCGGAUCGCGAAAAACGAGGAGCAGAUUGAGAUGGAGAAAGCCGAGGCGAGACGGGUUGAGUUUGCGGAUAGGUGGGGGAAACGCCGGUUGGAGGAGAGGGGUUUCAGGGCUUGGACAUUGGCGAUGGAAGCGGCACGUGACGAGGCUGAGAACGAAAGAGCGGAGGAGGAACUAGAGAGAGCGAGAGAAAAGUGGGCGGGCGGCUGGGCAGUUCGAAGACGGCUUGAGAGAGUUUGGGGGGUGUGGCGGGGUGAGGUUCAGCGGACAGUCAACGAGAAGGAGGAAGAAAGAGCAAGGGAGGAGGAAAGCGAGGUCCAGGCGGAAGCGUUCGCUGGGAAGUGGGCGAAGCGCAGACUGUUGGAGCGUGCUUUCGGUUCGUGGAUACUUGCUGUAGACGAGACAAAAGAGGAGGAGAAGAUUGUGCAAGAAAAAGAAUGUCGGGCAGAGCAACGAGAGGAAGAGAAAGAGAAGAGGGCCGAUAGGUGGGCGCAACGCAGGCUGGUCGAGGCGACCUUCAAGGGCUGGGUUGGGCUUGUCGAGCAGUCGGCAGAGGAGAGGGAGGUCGCCGAAACGAACUUGCGGAUUGCAGAGGAAGAAGCGACUAGAAAGGAGGAGCAGGACGCCUCGAGGGCUGCCACGUGGGCCACUAGGAGGCUGCUGGAAGCCGGGUUUUACGCAUGGGCGGAAGCUGUACACGUGGCGAAGGAAGAGAGAGCGAUUGAGGAGAAAGAGGAAUGGAGGUCGGAGGUGCGGGCCGUGAUUUGGGCCAAACGGAGGAUGCUUGAAAGAGCGUUCUUUGCAUGGGAGGGGGUCGUCAAGGAGAACUUUGCUGAGCGUGCGGAGGAGGAGCGAAGACAAGCGGCGCAGCUCGAGGCUGAGCAACGCGUCAGGAGACGCGUUCUGCUGGCCUGGCGGGAGGUGACGUCAGCGGCGCAGGAGGAACGGGCACAGGAAGAGGAGGCGCGCCGAGCGGUGAUGCGGGGUGCGUUUGACACGUGGAUGCAUGAGACGAGUCGGUCGCUCGGGAUCGGACGCGAGAUCGCAAAGCGGCGACAGCUGUCGCAGCAGCGGCGCGCAUUUGCCGCCUGGAAAGAAGCCCUCUGGCGGGCAGCGGCGAUUGGGGACGCGGCCGAGCAUCUAAAACAGCAGAGCGAGCGACAGCUGCUGACGUCAGCGUUAGCUCAGUGGAGAGACCGCGUCUCGAGGCAAGUCCUUUUGAGGCGACGGUUGAGUCUUUACCGUGAAGCACGCAGGAGCAGAGAACUGGCGGCGGCGCUCAGAAGGUGGUGCCACGUGGCAGCGAGGCGGCGAACGCUGAGGCUGGCGGGGCAGCGGGUGGCGGCCAGGGUGAACAGGCGCAGGCUGGGGGAGGCGUUCUCGGCCUGGGAAGAAUACGUGGGGGAGAAGGUGGCGGCGCGGGGAGAGCUGGGGGCGUGCAUCACCAGGAAGAAGAUGGCCAAGAGGUGGUUUAUGCAGUGGUACUGGGACGCGUUUGACAACGAGAUCCACCGCUCCCUCGUCGAUAUCGUGAGCAGCACGCAGCUGUCCAUCAACGAGGCGGAGAGGGCGCCCCUGCCUGCGAGUGGCACCAACGGCCAUUCCGCUGGGCGGAACUUCGGCGCUCCGGGCCGGAACUCUGCGGACGACUGGAAGGCCCUAUUGAACCGGGGGCUUGAGGCGCGAACCAUCGGUGCAGACCUGGUCAUGGGUUUGGACGCCAGCAGCAACGGCCAUUCCGCUGGGCGGAACCUCGGCGCUCCGGGAAGGAACUCCGCUGACGAUUGGAAGGCCCUGUUGAACCGGGGGCUCGAGGCACGAAGCCUCGGUGCGGCCCCGCCUAGGGGUUUGGACUCAGCCAACGGGGUCCGGCUGGGGCGUUCGGAGAGGUAUGAGAACGGAACGGAAAGCUUGAACGGAACGAGCAACGGAAAGCGGAGUCUGCCCCCGACAAUGCCGACGGCGGGUUUGACGGUCGGUUUGCAGGCACGGACAGCUGGCAAGGACAGUGCUUCAGGGGACCUGACGUUUGGCGUUAGGAAGAAUGGGCCGCGACAGCUCCCGCCCCUCGGUAAUGACGUCAGCAGGUUGGGUUCCAACGGCGUGAAAGAACAGGUUUCAAGGUCCGUGACUGGGAGCCUUGGCCGGUGGAACUAUCUGAAGAAAGACGGCUUCCUCGAAGGGCUGAGAACCUCUCGCAACGGGGUCUCCAGUGAAAGGAACAUAUUGGGAUCAGAGCAGGAAGCUGGCGAAGAGCGUAUCGAAGGUAGGAGCACGGAGUUUGCAAAUAAGUCACUGCUCGGCAACAGGAACGAGUCGAGAGGGUACGCCUGGCGCAGCCUCGAUCUAGGGCAGGGGCCAGCAAAGGGAUUAUUGGAAGAGAAACGUCCUCGCACUUCAAGCGGCAGUGGAGAACGCGAUAAGAAGAGUAGCUACUAACAGUACCACAACAUUCUGAAAGGUAUACGGUCUGGUCUCCUCACAGUUGCACCGAUCAGAGUUGACCAGAUAAUCAGAACAAUGUGUUGAGCACGAAAAGUUAACAAAAUGAGAAGAGACUCGUUGAUGUAAGCAUGGCAAGCGACUAAAGUUCCGCUCA